AUGGUGAAAACACAGGUGAGCACAAAGUUUAGCGACUUGUUAGCGUUCAGCGGUCCAGCACCUGAAAGAAUAAACGGGCGUUUAGCAAUGGUUGGAUUCGUGGCUGCGUUGGCGGUUGAACUUUCCAAGGGCGAAAACGUUUUAGCUCAGAUCUCCGACGGUGGUGUCUCGUGGUUCCUCGAAGAAGACGGCAGAGAGGUAUCCAGAGAUGGCGACAGAGGCAAUGACGAGGACGAAGAUGAAGACGGAAACAAUGACGGUGACGGAGAUGGCGGCGUACAGAAUGACGGUGACAACGGUGACGUAAACGAAAACAGCGUAGAUGACGGGAACGUUGGGGGUCAAAUCGUCUCCUCCUCGCCGUGGUCGUCAUGCUCGGGACUAGAGUUGUGGAUGUUGGAAUCGUCGUCGGUUUAG